AUGUCUUUCGAGUCUCUCUCUGAACGCCUUGCGACUCUGCAGGAAUCAAAUAGACAAGCAAGAGAAUUGAUCGAUCGUCUAGAAACCAUUGAGUUUCCGCCAGGCUCCAUAGCACUGGAUAGCGACGACGAUAACGGGUUGCUAGAGCUCUCUGCGGAGAUUACACAAGUUUUGAAGGAUCAAGAUGAGGAGUUUGAGCAGUUGCAAGAAGAAGUUCUGUCACUGCCUGCGGGACGGCCGAAUAGUGAGUCGCAAAGGCAGAGACAGGUGCUUGAUGACGCAGUGGAGAGGGACAUCAAAGAACUCAAAUCAUAUUAUACCACGUUUCGCAAAGCCCAAAUGACGGCCAAAAAGAAGCUCAAGGCUGCGCAAGUUUUGGCGCGACAAGUCCUCCUCCAAGCAAGCUUAAAUCCCUCUUCCGGGAGAUCAUCCCCCAGCUCAAUGGAACGACCUAUAUCUAGGCAAAAGUCGGAGCCCUCGAAAGAAGAGAAGACUGUAAAUGCUGCAGGCGAUGUGACGCUUGCCUUGCGACGAACCCACGAAAUGAUGGCGGGCGAGUUGGAGAAAUCACAAUUCGCAAACGAUACUUUGAAACAAUCAACGGAAAAGUUGGCUCAGCUGGAUGAAACAUACUCUACAUUAGAUUCUCUAUUAUCAAAUUCGAGGCAUUUGCUGGGAACUUUACUGAGGAGCCAAAAGAGUGAUACGUGGUAUCUGGAAUCGGCAUUUUAUAUCCUCAUAAGUACGAUUGCAUGGCUCAUUUUCAGGAGGUUCCUUUACGGACCACUUUGGUGGAUAGUCUAUGCGCCGCUGAGGUUAAUCUUGUAUACUUUGUUUGGCAUAUUUGGAAUGAUGGGUUCGAAGGGUGGCUCGGUUGUUGAAAGCAGCUUAUCGAUAUCUCGUGAGCCAGUGAUUUAUUCAACGGUCUCAACAGGCAGCAAAGAUGCUACAGUCAUUGACGUUACAAACGGUGAUCAGCAACCGACAGCAACAGCGGCAUCGACUAUGGUAGAGGAAGUUAUACAUAUCAUUGAUGAAAGCCAGCAUUACCGAGCUCCUGAUAAGGAGGGUGCCAAUGUAGCGUCGGCUGGGGAGGAGCCGCCGCAUGACACACAGCUUGAGCCGGAAGAAAGUAUGGCGCGAAGUGAACAAUCGGAAUUGAGCAAAGAGUCGGCGAGAGACGAGCCUACGUAUGACACACAAAUCAAGCUGGAAGAAAGUACGGCGCGAAGUGAACAAUCGGAAUCGGAGGAGAACCCAAAAAAAAGGAUGUGGGAGGAACCAGAAGGGGCGAUCAAGGACGCACCGCAAAGGAAGGAUGAACUGUAA